AUUCGUUUCACUAGCAACGAUCAUCAGCUCACCAGCUUCUGUCUCCUCUAAAGCGUAACAAUGAAACUGAUUUGCAUUUCAUUUGUGUUGGCUGUGUGCUUGGUUGUUGUCAAUGCUGGCCUUAUCGGUCAUCCUACGAUUGAAAUAAAUGCCGACAGCCCUCCUCAUUACGAAUUCCAAUAUGCUGUGCACGAUGCCCACACUGGCGACAUAAAGGAUCAGUUCGAACAUCGCCGAGGAGAAUACGUUACUGGUCGUUAUUCGCUUGUCGAGCCCGAUGGCCAACGUCGUAUUGUGGAUUAUAGCUCCGAUCCAUUGUUGGGAUUCUCGGCUCAAGUUCGCCGGGAAUUGGUCGGUGUACAUGCUGCUGCUCCCGUGGUCGAGGAGUGGCCAGCACCUGCCCAUCGCCGCUAAACUAGC